AUGGCGAAAGUCAUGAGCACACCCGGUAGGACGGCUACGAACGACUAUGUCGCUAAGAAGGUCUUCAACGACUAUAGACCCCUGUGGAAGCGUUCGCGCCCUCGGGACAUCGGAACUGUCAGACCCAACGCUGCAGACGAUGUGGACGACGCAGACACCGGCAACAUCGACCAGAUCCGUGCAGAGCUUCAAGCAAAGUUCGAAUUCAUCCUUGGCAUAGGAUCUUCACUCUACGUCUAUGGAUGGGAUCAGGUUUCAGAUGGAGAGCCAUAUCGGUUGCCUCUGUCGCAAUGCCCUUCGAUGCAUGAUGUGCGGCCGAGCUCGCCAGAGGAAGCCGCCGCCCAUUACCAGAAGUUGCUUCAGUCCGACAUAUGGCAGACGCUUUCGAAUCUGCGAAAGACGCUCGGCAUUCAACGCGUUGUUCGGAUGGUGUCUGAAAUAUUGCAUUCCUCUGUGAAAAGCUACGUACGAUGGGCUUAUUCCGGCGUGUACCGAAUGGACGUGGCGGACCACUUGAGAUUCUGGGUCGAGAAUAUUCUGUCUCUGAUCACAACCAUGGCUCAGAUCGCUUUGACGGGUGGCAACACAACAAAACAAGGAGAGGACUCUUGGCUCGCGACUUCAGAGUCUCAAUCCGUUGAUAGAGCGUUAACAACACUCGGAGCACUACGUAUCGAUGAAAUGUACAACAUCAUCGCGGGUCAGCACAAGCCUGAGCCAAUUAUCGAGGACCUGAAACACUAUGUCACAUGCACAAGGACUCGGACGUUUCUGGUAGAUAGUUUCAACGGACAGCUUACGAUCAACGUGCUCCAUCCAGGCGCCUCGACUAUCGAAAUCCUGCGCAUAUACAUCUCCACCAUCCGAUUCUUUCGAAAGCUGGACCCUAAAGGCGUGCUGCUCGAUCGAGUUGCGCGCAGAGUCCGCCAAUACCUACGAGAGCGCGACGAUGCUGUCAAGGUGGUCGUCAGCGGCCUGUUGAGCGACCCUAGCAGUCAGUCGCAAGAUUCAGAAAUCCUUACCGAGCUGGCCACCGAGCUGCACCAGCCAUAUCAAUCCUACGAUGUUGAUUUAUAUGAGCUCGGGUGGAACAACAUGGAAUGGGUCCCAGACCCAGCUGAUGCUACACCCGACCACCUGAAGUCACGAAACAACGAUGUCAUCGGCAGCCUUACAUCACUCUUCGAAUCGAAAGAAGUGUUUGUCAAAGAGCUCCAAGCAGUCUUCGCCGAACGUCUGUUGGAGAACAAGACCAACAACUUCGAUCUCGAAGUCGUUAUUCUGAACCACUUGAAGCAGCGUCUAGGCGACUCAUCGUUGCAAUCCUGCGAAGUCAUGCUCAGAGACGUGCUCGAGUCGGUCAAGAUCGACGCUGCCAUCAACAAAACUAACAAGAAUGCGGACGUGCACGCCAAGAUUCUGUCCCGACUCUUCUGGCCGGCGAUGAGCGAGCAGGCGUUCGAAAUGGCGCCAGAGAUAUCAGGCCGACAGAUGAUGUAUGAGAAUGGCUUCGAGAAGUACAAAUCUUCACGGAAACUCACGUGGGUCCAGUCACUCGGCCAAGUCGAGGUCGAGCUACAGCUUGAGGACCGUGUGGUGCGCGAGUCGGUGCUGCCUUAUCAAGCUACCGUCAUCUACGCCUUCCAAGACCGGGAUGGCACCGGCUCCCCCGUGACAAGGACGGUUGCGGAUCUAGCGAACGAGCUGUCAAUGCUCGUUCCUCUGGCGCGCUCAGCCUGUAUCUUUUGGCUCUCCAAACGCGUCCUCGCAGAAACGUCCCCAGACACUUUCACCGUACUCGAGCGCAAUCCCGACUCCGGCGACGAUGUCAUCAUGAGUGGCGGCGCAGAAAUGAAACCAGACGCCUCGGCAGCCGCCGCAGAAGCCGCGGCCGCCAGGGCCGCACAGGAAGCAGAGGAAGAGGAGCGGAAGCAGAAGAUGGUGGUCUAUCAUCAGUUCAUCGUGAGCAUGCUAACGAACCAGGGUGCGAUGCCGCUAGCUAGGAUCGCUAUGAUGCUCAACAUGGUGGUGCCGGGUGGCUUCCCGUUCAACAACGAGGAGCUGAAGGAAUUCCUCACAGGCAUGGUCAAGGAGGGUCAGCUGCAGGUUGGGCCAGGAGGCAAUUACAAAGCUAGAGCAUGA